AUGGCAACGACACUUGGUUGUCCAGAAUUUUUUAAGAAACCCGAAGAACUAGCAAAACGUACAGUUGAUGCCGGACGUAAAAAGGAUUCGACACGAAGAACGAUAUUGCAAGGAUUAUCACAGAAUUUGCAACCUGGAAAGAUUUCUUUAAAUGAGAGACAAAGAAAGCGAAGGUCAGGAACUAUAUUAGCACAUCAAAAAUUUUCAGACAGCAUUGUCAUAAAAUCAAUAGCCGGUAAAAGAGAUGGAGGCAAGAAGCUUAGCAAUUUAGGCCGAGAAGCAAAUAUUGGUAGAUGGGUAUUGGAAGCUGGGAAACAAGAGAUUAUGAAAAAAUCAAAAAACUUCGAAAGAAAUUCGUUCGUUUGCAGCAAAACGACAAUGGAUGCUCAAUCUAGAUCAUCAAAUGAAGUUUUAUUGCUUUCAAAGUUACUUGGUCAAGAAUGUUGUAAG